AUGGGUAGCAGCUACUACACCUACACCAAGAGGCAGAAAACACUUGGGGACGGCUGCUUACUGCUUUCACAUAAAUUCUGUGACAAGGGAAUAGGAACUGAAGUCAAGUUCACAACUUUAAUCCCUGUCGUCCCAGAGCCUACGAAGUCUGUCCCCGCCCCGAAGAAGGGCUCCAAGAAGGCGGUGACCAAGGCGCAGAAGGACGGCAAGAAGCGCAAGCGCAGCCGCUGGAAGAGCCACUCCGUGUACGUGUGCAAGGUGCUGAAGCAGGUGCACCCCGACUCGUCCAAGGCCAUGGGCAUCAUGAACUCGUUCGUCAACGACAUCUUCGAGCGCAUCGCGGGCGAGGCGUCGCGCCUGGCGCACUACAACAAGCGCUCGACCAUCACGUCGCGGGAGAUCCAGACGGCCGUGCGCCUGCUGCUGCCCGGCGAGCUGGCCAAGCACGCCGUGUCCGAGGGCACCAAGGCCGUCACCAAGUACACCAGCGCCAAGUAA